AUGGAAGCAGGAUUGCCUGGAAAAGACAUGCGAAGGUCGAUCAGGGGCAACUACCAGAAUAGAGUUUUGCAUCUCCCACAUGGAGCGUCAUUUUCAAUUCCAGGAGGGGAAGCUUUUGAUAGGAGUAGCAGAGAAUAUGAUGAGGAGGAGCUAAUGUGGGCUGCUAUUGAGAGGCUUCCAACUUUCAGUGGGUCGAGGAAGNGGAGGAUGAGUUUUGCAUCUCCCACAUGGAGUUGGGACUCGCUGAGUGUUCAGGCGUCAUUUUCAAUUCCAGGAGGGGAAGCUUUUGAUAGGAGUAGCAGAGAAUAUGAUGAGGAGGAGCUAAUGUGGGCUGCUAUUGAGAGGCUUCCAACUUUCAGUGGGUCGAGGAAGGGAAUUUUGAGGCCAGUUUCAAAAACUGGAAGAGUUUUUCAUAAAGAGGUUGAUGCUGCCAAUCUUGGAAUGCAAGAUAAAAGACUACUCAUGGAAAGUACUCUUAAAGUUGUGGAAGAUGAUAAUGAGCGGUUUCUUCAAAGUAUCAGAGAUCGUAUUGAUAGGGUUGGAAUCGAUAUUCCUAAGAUUGAAGUUCGAUUUGAGCAUUUGGCAAUUGAGGGAGAUGCUUAUGUAGGAUCUAGGGCGCUUCCUACCCUGCUGAAUGCUACCUUGAAUGUAAUAGAGAAGCAUCAUGAGAAGCAUGAUCUCAGUGCCAUCCCAGUGCAAGGCAACUUAGGCGGUGGCUUAGGGCCCAUUUGA